ACGUUUAUGUUCUGGGUGCCUCUGAUGGGCUACAUGUUAUUGAAGGAGAGUAUUAUUUGCAGUGAUUGCAUGGUUGCAGGCGUGACCCUUCACAGAGGCGUCUCCACAGCAAGAUUAACCCGUCGAAUAAGGAGCAGUCUUCCACGCAGUCUCUCUUAGCACAAGAAAAGAAGCAGGACCACAAUCUGAAGACGGACUACCUCUACAGCUAAGCUGAUUCAGCAUCAAAUCGCCUCCUGUUUCACAAAACGUUUGUCUGUGACUCAGAGCAUUCUAGGAGCUGUGAGGCACCAGCCAUGCUCCCGUCCCAGCCUCUCCUGCACGCUGCGGCGUUUGCACUCGCAGUCCUUCAGGCCCUUGCCUCCGACACCUUCACUGCAGCCGUCUACGAGCACGCGGUCAUCCUGCCAGAUGCCACUGAUGAGCCUGUUUCUCCUGACGAUGCUUUGGCCCUGAUGAACAAAAACAUGGAUGUCUUGGAAGGAGCCAUCAAGGAAGCCGCCCAGCAGGGCGCCCACAUCAUUGUGACUCCUGAAGAUGGCAUUUAUGGCUGGCGUUUCACAAGAGAAACCAUCUACCCCUACCUGGAGGACAUCCCUGAUCCGGCGGUGAACUGGAUUCCUUGCACCGACCCCACAAGAUUUGCUCCAGCACCAGUGCAGGAACGACUCAGCUGCAUGGCCAGGAAUAACUCCAUCUAUGUGGUUGCAAACAUCGGGGACAAGAAGCCGUGUAACUCCAGUGAUGCCGGCUGCCCCAGCGACGGUCGCUAUCAGUACAACACUGAUGUCGUCUUUGACCCGGAGGGGAAACUGGUGGCUCGUUACCACAAGUAUAAUCUCUUUAUGUCAGAAACUCAGUUUAAUUACCCAAAAGAGCCAGAAGCCGUCACCUUUGAGACCCCCUUUGGGAAGUUUGGCAUUUUCACGUGCUUCGACAUCCUUUUCCGGGAGCCUGCCGUGGUCCUGGUGAGCGAGUUGCAGGUGGACACCGUGCUCUUCCCGACGGCUUGGAUGAACGUCCUGCCGUUUCUGACUGCGGUUGAGUUUCACUCUGCCUGGGCUAUGGGCAUGGGUGUCAAUUUGCUUUCAGCAAAUACUCACAACAUCAGCUUGGCGAUGACAGGGAGUGGUAUUUAUGCACCAGAUGGAGCCAGAACAUACUACUACAAUAUGAAAACUGAGGAUGGUCGCCUCCUCAUUGCUGAACUAGAUUCACACCCUCGCCUUUCUCCUGCCUCCCCGCCUGCUGUCAACUGGAGCUUAUAUGCUUCGAGUGUUGAAAGAUUCUCACCGAAUGACCAUGAUUUCAGAGGACGCAUCUUCUAUGACUGGUUCACUUUCACUGCGGUCACUAAGCCUGAGUGGAAUCUCACCGUUUGCCAGAAGGACCUCUGCUGUCACUUGAGCUACAAGGUGGCAGGGAAACAAGAAGAUGAAGUUUAUGUGCUAGGUGCUUUUGAUGGGCUUCAUGUUGUUGAAGGACAGUACUAUCUGCAGAUAUGCACGCUGCUCAAGUGCAAGACCACAGACCUGAACACAUGCGGGCAGCCAGUGGAGACUGCACAGACCAAGUUUGAGAUGUUCUCCCUCAGCGGCACGUUUGGCACUAACUACGUCUUUCCAGAAGUCUUGUACAGCGGGGUGCAGCUGGCCCCCGGGGAGUUCGAGGUAUUGAAUGAUGGGCGUUUGAUAAGUAAGACAAGACCAACAAAACCAGUCGUCACUGUGACACUUUUUGGACGGUGGUAUGAAAAGGAUCAUCUGAAACAAGUCCCGCAACCACCAGCCUUCCCAUGAUGUUACCAUAACUGAAGCUGUACACUAUUAAUCUCAUGUCCAAAUGGGAUACAGCAUCCUCUACUACAACAAUCCCAAUUAUGUAUCUUAUUUCCAGUUGCACAAACUUCUUAUCAAUGUGCUUUGUUUAGUAAUAAUGCAGCAAUAUUUUUUUAUUGCUACAAUUCAUUGAGAAGUAUCUAUUUCUAUAUUGUAAGAUUACUAAUCUUUUAUUAGUGCAAAACAGCAGUUGUGUUUCUCUCUCUGUUUUCUGGAUUUUUAUUUUUCUAGCCCUCAGAAAAUCUGUAUUGUGGGCCAGAGGAUACAUUCUUACUAAAAUAGCAUUGCAUAUUUUGUAAUUGCAGAUUAUUAUGAGACUGGUAAAUAAAACAGUGAAAGAUGUGA